AUGGCAUCGGGAGUUAUUCUAUAUGCGUUUACAUCCUGUGUUGCUGGUUAUAUGUCGGGAAGAAUGUAUAGACAAUUACAAGGUGAAAAUUGGGUUUGGAAUAUUAUUUUAACUGCCAGUUUAUUUACAGUUCCAUUUUUUUUUAUAUGGUCUAUUAUAAAUUCAUUUGCAUGGGCGUAUGGUACAACACAAGCGCUACCUUAUACAACAGUACUCAUAUUAGGAUUUAUGUGGCUAUUUGUUGGUUUUCCAUUGACCGUUCUCGGAGGUAUUUUUGGUAAAAAUUGGACAUCUAAUUUUGAUGCUCCAUGUCGUACAAAGAAUAUUGCACGUGAAAUACCCGAAGUGUCCUGGUAUCGUUCAUCUUUUGUUCGAAUGUUAGUCGGUGGUUUUCUGCCAUUCUCGGCAAUAUCAGUUGAAUUGUAUUAUAUCUUUUCAACAUUUUGGGGACGUGAACAGUACACACUCUAUGGAAUAUUAAUGAUUGUAUUUGUUAUCUUAUUAUCGGUCACGGCAUGCAUUUCAAUUGCUCUCACCUAUUUUCAAUUGGCUGCAGAAGAUUAUAGAUGGUGGUGGAGAUCAAUUAUUACAUCAGGAUCAACUGGAGUAUUUGUAUUCUUUUAUGCCGUAUUUUUCUAUUUUAAUCGUAGUAAAAUGAGUGGCACAUUACAAACGAUGCAAUUUUUUGGUUAUACUCUAAUUGCAUGUUAUAUCUUUUUCUUAAUGUUAGGAACAGUUGGCUUUUUUGCCUCACUAAAAUUUGUUACUCAUGUUCAACAAACACAACAAUGA